AUGAAAUUCGUGACGGCGCACGAGGACCUCAUCCACGACGUGCAGCUCGACUUUUACGGCAAGCGCCUCGCCACGUGCUCCUCGGACCGCCUCAUCAAGGUGUACGAGGCGGACGACCAGCAGCAGCAGCAGCCGGCGGAGCUGAUCGGACACAACGGUCCGGUGUGGCAGGUCGCGUGGGCGCACCCGAAGUUUGGAAACAUCCUGGCGUCGUGCUCGUAUGACCGGCAGGUCAUCGUGUGGAAGGAGCUCGCGCAGGCCCACUGGGUCCAAAUCUACCAGUACCGCGGCCACGACGGCUCUGUCAACUCGAUCUCAUGGUGCCCUCCCGAGCUCGGCCUCUGCCUUGCCUGCGCGUCGUCCGACGAGAGCACGCCGCGAGUAGAUGGAGAGAGGCGCAGAGAGCAGCUGCACGCCCCACUCGAGCAGACGCCACGCGGCUGUCACCACUCGCACGCGCGGACUAGGGACCGCCCUCGUAGCCCGCGCCUUGUCGCGACAGUCCGAGCCCGCCUCCCGCUCCUGUCCUCGCGGCGCAGGCAUCAGCGUCCUCUCCUUCACAGGGGAGGACGGCUGGGACGUGGCCAAGUUCAAGGCUCACAAGACUGGCGUCAACACUGUCUCGUGGGCACCGUUCAG